AUGAGCCAAGUAGCGAACUUAAGGUCAUAUAACCCUGCAUUGAAGAAGUUUUUUGACAAGCUCCCCCGAUUCAACUAUGGGAAAUCUCAAUUAAAAAACCCCGAGGCAUGUCAACUUUUGCUAGACAAGUUGAAUCUCAAACCUCAAUACAAUAGUGCAAACUUAGAUAUUAUUGACGCUACUCCUGGAUUCGGCCUCUUCUCAUCCAUGCUCAACCAUGAGCUUAGGCCGAGGAACCACAUUUUGAUAGACUGCCAUGAUGAGACCAUCAAAAGAUGGAAUACCCAGAUAAAAACGCUUCACAGUACGACAGGUAACAAGGAAAACUUCAAAUUCGUUGAUCGCGACCCAUUCUCAUGGGCAACGUAUCUGAAUUUAUACAAGCAUGAACUUUUACCACCAACAAAACAGCAACUGUAUGACAAAAUGCAUGAUGAAUUGUUAGUCGUGGCGAAUUGGACGGGGACCAAGGAUGAGGCAAUAAUCGCGCAAUGGAUCAAAUGCUGCAGCCAUCGCAAUUGGCUCAUGAAAUUUGGAAAAGUCAGAAUGAUUUUAUUUAUGCCAUCUCUGACCGCUAUGAAAUUUUUGAGCGAGCCUGGCUUCAGAAAGAGAAACAGGACCGCGUUGAGGAGAGAUUUGUACACCGAUUCAAAACUAAUAGCUAUUGGAGAAGAGCUGGAUGUGCUUGGGGAGGGCUACGAUCCGCGUGUAUUGGUUCGCGAUCAGCCGAUGGUGAUUGACAAGGCAGCGUUCAUUCGGAAUGCCGCGGUGGCAAUUGUGGAGCUUCUGCCAGGCAAGCACACAAGUGACGCAAUAGCUAACAUUGACCAUCUUUUGCUGACAUUCUUUGUCACUGGUGCCACCUUGAGAGAACAGUUGCCCAAAAUUGCAGCGGGUGCUGAAUACUUGGUGAAGCUUCUUCCUGAUGAGAUCUUGGACAAGAAAGCUGGAGAAUUCACUACGGAUGAUAUCUUGAAGAUUUCGCACGCUUAUGAACAAUGGCCCUUCAAACCAAGUGUAGAGGAGACAUUUGAUAUUGGUGAAGAGGCUAUCAGGUAG